UACGACUCUCUUCCCCAAAUAAAGAGACCAGAAACCCUAAUUUUUUAAUUUCCCAUUUUCUUCGUCUUCUGUGAUAUCCCAUUUCCAAAAACAUUCCAUCUCCGCUUCAAACGAAGAAGAAGAAGAAGACGUGUUUGGAUUCUUUCGAUUCCUCGGUGGUCACUGUAACCGUCUCCGGGAAAAAUGGCGAGGCCGUCGUCGGCUUCGGCGGCGGCGAAGCUUCCGGCAAUCAAGCCGGAGGAUUACGCUCACAGUCCCGUCCACUACGCUGUCGUUCUGGGAGAUCACGCCUCUCUCACCCGCCUGGUCUCUUCCUUGCCCAAACUCGCUGAUCCGGAGCAGAUCCGAACCGAGUCCGACUCACUGAGCCAGGAGCGAGUGGCGGAGCGGAUCUCUUCCGUGCUCGACCGCCGCGACGUUACCUUCCGGGAGACGCCGCUCCACCUCGCCGUGAGGCUCAACGAUGUAUACGCCGCGAGGACCAUCGCCUCCGCUGGGGCCGACAUUUCGCUCCAGAACGCCGCCGGGUGGAAUCCCCUGCAGGAGGCGCUGUGUCGCCGGAACUCGGAGGUGACUCAGGUACUUCUCCGGCAUCACCAUCGCUUGGCGUGGUGCAAAUGGCGGCGUAGGCUGCCGCGAUUGAUCGCCGUGCUCCACCGGAUGAGGGAUUUCUACAUGGAGAUGUCCUUCCACUUCGAGAGUUCAGUGAUUCCUUUCGUUGGGAAAAUCGCUCCAUCGGACACCUACAAGAUCUGGAAACGCGACGGAAACCUACGCGCCGACACUUCCUUGGCCGGAUUCGACGGCUUGAAAAUCCAACGAGCGGAUCAGAGCUUCCUCUUCCUCGGCGACGGCGACGAAUCCCUAGACAUAUCUCCUGGUUCAUUGCUCGUACUGAACCGAGACGACCGCAAAAUCUUCGACGCCUUCGAGAGCGCCGGAGCUCCGAUCAGCGACCCCGAUAUCGCCGGAUUCUGCUCUCAGUCAAGCGUUUACCGUCCAGGAAUGGACGUCACCAAAGCAGAGCUCGUAGGCCGUACGAAUUGGCGACGGCAAGAGAAAACAGAAUCAGUCGGAGAAUGGAAAGCGAAGGUCUAUGAAGUCCAGAACGUGACGUUCAGUUUCCGGUCCCGGAAAGUCAUCGCCGGCGAGAACGACGUCGCCGGGAGCGAGCAGGUUCUUCCUCUAGAGCUCGACGAGGAUGACGACGGUUUCUUAGUUGCUGAGAACCCAAGCUUCUUAGCGCCGGUACCACCACCGUCCACGCAGCCAGCGCGGCCGCAGCGACGGCACAGCAGUUUCGUGAGGGAGGACAGAGAUUGGAUCUCCGUCGGAAGGCAGAGCGUCGACGUUUACCCCUCGGCCGCACAAUUCCAGCCGCCGAGAAGGUCCAUUAGCAUCGCCGCACCCUCGACGGUUCCGGUGGCUCCGCCGCCGCAGACGAAGGAGAAGGAGUUCGUGAAGAGCCUUCGUCCAUCCGUCUGGUUAACGGACCACUUCCCGUUGAAGACUGAAGACCUGCUUCCAUUGCUCGAUAUCUUAGCCAGCAAGGUGAAAGCAGUCCGGAGAAUGCGGGAGCUUCUCACAACCAAGUUCCCGCCGGGAACUUUUCCGGUCAAGUUGUCGAUCCCGGUGGUCCCCACAGUCAAAGUAGUCAUCACAUUCACCAAGUUCGUGGAUCUCCCGCCACUGGAACAGUUCUACACACCACUCUCGAGCCCGAGUCUCCUCCUCGUCGCCGGAGACGAGCAUUCCGGCGAAGAAGACAGCCGGAUCUCGACGUCGAGACCGUCGUUCUCAGCAUCGUCAUGGCUGAGACGGAGCAGCAGCCAAUCGGUGUGGAAGACGACAUCGACGAGCAGCAAGAUCUCGAAGAGACCAGAGGAAGAGUCGGAUCCAUUUGUUAUACCGAGUGGGUAUAAGUGGACGAGCAUCGCCGAUAAAUCAGGUAAUAAUAAGAUGAAGAGAUCUAAAUCCACCAGGAGAUCUAAGUAAAAAAAACGUUUGUAGAUUUUUGAAAAUGGGGAUUAGUGGAUAUAGAGUUUUAAUUGAUGACAUGGCAUGUGGUUUUUUUUUAAAGAGUUCACAAAUUAGUAUUUGAAAUUUGACACAUCACCAUCUUAUCAAUGGAGAAACCCCACACAUGGAUCUUUGAUUCUAAAGGAUUACAAACUAA